AUGGCACCAGAUAUUGCUAUCGUCGGAGGUGGCCCUUGCGGCCUUGCUCUCGCCGGCAUGCUUGAGCAACAAGGCAUCGAAUACAUUGUCUUCGAACGAAGCGCCGAGAACGUUCUACCUCGGGGAGGCUGCUUGGAUAUUCAUCGCAGCAGUGGCCAUACACUUAAAGAGGCAGGACGUUUUGAGGAAUUCAAGAAAUAUGCUCGCGCUGGGUAUGCCACAAUCCACAGCCUUGGGGGCUAG